CCCAGCGUCUCCGUUGCUAGGGGAACGGGGCGGCGCGCUUUCCGGCUCAGUCCCGGCGUGACGCAGCUGUCAUGGCGGAGGCCGUCUGGAGCACUGACACCGGAGAGGCCGUGUAUCGUUCCCGGGACCCCGUGCGCAAUCUGCGCCUCCGGGUCCACCUGCAAAGAAUCACGUCAAGCAACUUCCUCCAUUACCAGCCUGCUGCCCAGCUUGGGAAGGAUCUCAUAGACUUGGCCACGUUUAGGCCUCCCCCAACUGCCAGAGGUGGACACCGACCAGAUGAAGAUGAAGAGGAGGAGGUCGUGAUUGGGUGGCAGGAGAAGCUCUUUAGCCAGUUUGAAGUAGAUCUGUACCAAAAUGAAGCAGCCUGUCAGAGCCCUUUGGAUCAUCAGUACCGUCAAGAAAUCCUGAAGCUGGAGAAUUCGGGUGGCAGGAAGAACCGACGGAUCUUUACCUACACUGACUCUGAUAGAUACACCAAUUUGGAGGAGCACUGUCAGAAAAUGACCACUGCAGCCAGCGAGGUGCCAUCAUUCUUGGUCGAGCGAAUGGCAAAUGUCAGGCGGCGACGGCAGGACAGGCGAGGGAUGGAGGGCGGCAUCCUCAAGUCACGAAUCGUUACCUGGGAACCCUCAGAAGAGUUCAUCAGGAACAGUCAUGUCAUCAACACCCCUCUUCAGACAAUGUACAUCAUGGCAGACCUGGGACCCUAUGGAAAGCUUGGCUAUAAGAAGUAUGAACAUGUCCUCUGUACUCUGAAGGUGGACAGCAAUGGUGUGAUCACAGUAAAACCUGACUUCACCGGCCUCAAAGGACCCUACAGAAUCGAGACCGAGGGGGAGAAACAGGAGCUGUGGAAGUAUACGAUUGACAACGUGUCCUCCCUCGCACAGCCGGAGGAGGAGGAGCGGGAACAGCGUGUGUUCAAGGAUCUUUAUGGCCGGCACAAGGAGUAUCUCAAUAGCCUCGUGGGCACUGACUUCGAGAUGACUGUCCCAGGUGCCCUCCGGCUCUUUGUGAAUGGAGAGGUAGUUUCAGCCCAAGGCUAUGAGUAUGACAAUCUCUACGUCCACUUCUUUGUGGAGUUGCCAACUUCUAACUGGUCAAGCCCAGCGUUCCAGCAGCUCUCAGGAAUAACACAGACCUGUGUGACCAAGUCCCUGGGAAUGGACAAGGUGGCUUACUUCUCCUACCCGUUCACAUUUGAGGCCUCCUUCCUCCACGAGGACGAAUCUGCUGAUGCUCUCCCGGAGUGGCCUGUGCUCUACUGCGAGGUCCUCUCACUGGACUUCUGGCAGAGGUAUCGUGUGGAAGGCUACGGGGCUGUGGUGCUGCCUGCCACCCCAGGCUCACACACCCUGACGGUCUCCACGUGGAGACCCAUGGAGCUUGGCACCGUGGCUGAGCUGAGGAGGUUUUUCAUCGGCGGUUCUCUGGAACUGGAGGACAUCUCCUACGUGCGGAUACCAGGAACCUUCAAGGGGGAGCGUCUGAGCCGCUUUGGACUCCGCACAGAGACCACAGGCAGUGUCACCUUCCGUUUGCACUGUCUGCAGCAGUCCAGGGCCUUCAUGGAGUCGAGUUCCCUCCGGAAAAGGAUGCGGAGUGUGUUGGACCGUCUGGAAGGAUUCAGCCAGCAGAGUUCUAUUCACAGUGUGCUGGAGGCCUUCCGUCGAGCCCGGCGCCGCAUGCAGGAGGCCCGAGAAAGGCUUCCCCAGGGCCUAGUGGGCCCCUCGGGAGCACGGUCUCCUAGCUCGCUGCAGCCCCGGCCCUCCGUGCAAGAGGACAAGCCAAGCGCCAUCUAAGGCCGGUGCCCUCCUGCCUCUUCAUCCUUCUGAUUAGAGACCACUUUGACCUGCUAAGAAAGUCCCAGGCUGACGCCUCUGCCUAGUCUUCAGCAGGGUCUUCUCCCUGCCAGGUGGCAAUAAACCAGAGACCCUGUGCCCCCCAUAUGGUCCCCAUCUUCAUAUUUCAACUACUGCAAGUGGGCAUCACAACAAGGCAGGCUUUUUGGUUUGACACGAGUUUGGGGUAACCCCAUAGUUAGUUCUGUCCUUGACACAGCCUCUUUUCUGUCUCAUCUCAGUCUCAGUUGCAGAGGGCUGCAGGUACCUUAUGCUCCACAACCCUUUUUACAAAUGGAGGCUCAAGAAAGAAGAAGGAAGGUGUGCGAGAUCUUAAAUUCCUGGCCCAGGAGGCUCAGCAUCCUCUUUCCAGAGUAGCCUCAUCCUACUGCGUGGGGCUUAUUGCGUUUGAGAUAUACCUUAUUUUUGGAGUAAAUGAAGGCUAAAGGUAGUGCGCAGUCCUUUCUGCUAGCAGGGUGGUAUCUUUUAUUGUGUUUUUUCUACAUAAACACCUUUUAUACUGAC